UCUCUCUCUCCCCCCCUCUCUCUCUCCCCCUCUCUCGUCCUCAUUGUAUAAAGACACCAGCACAGAAAUCAGGAAGAGACGAGUGUGAUUGUGUCUGGACCGAGUGUGUUUCCUACAAGGUAACUGUCAAAAGAAGUGCUCAGGCUAAGGUCCCUGCUGUUUUUGCUCGGGUCUCAAUGGACAAACAGCGCGAAGAAAAGCAUGUGCUCACGGGUCUAGAUGAGGAGGCAAUCGUUGACCACGGAAAGAGCAGCUUCACCAUUCAGACAAACUACGAAAAGGACGACUUAGAAAGCCACCGAGCCGUUUACGUGGGCGUUCACGUUCCCUUUGGAAGAGAAAACAAGCGGAGGCAUCGUCACCGAGGACACAGGCACCACAGAAAGAGAAGGGAUAAAGAUUCGGAUGACGGAAAGGAGGAUGACAGGGAAUCGUCCCCCUACGACACUCCAUCCCAGCGGGUCCAAUUCAUUCUGGGCACAGAGGACGAUGACUUGGAGCAUGUUCCCCAUGACCUCUUCACCGAGUUGGAUGAGCUCUCCUUCCGAGAUGGCAGCGCCACCGAAUGGAGGGAAACUGCCAGGUGGCUGAAGUUUGAAGAGGAUGUGGAAGAUGGCGGGGAAAGGUGGAGCAAGCCUUACGUGGCUACGUUGUCACUGCACAGUUUAUUUGAACUGCGGAGCUGCAUCCUCAAUGGCACUGUCAUGCUGGAUAUGAGGGCCAACAGUAUCGAGGAAAUUGCAGACAUGGUGAUCGACAGCAUGGUGGCGUCGGGCCAGCUCAAGGAGGACCUGCGGGCGAAGGUGCGUGAGGCCAUGCUGAAGAAGCACCACCAUCAGAACGAGCGAAAGCUCAGUAACCGCAUCCCUUUGGUGCGCUCCAUUGCUGACAUAGGCAAGAAACAUUCUGACCCUCUCUUGCUUGAAAGAAACGGAGAGGGCCUUUCCUCUUCACGUCUCUCCCUCCACAAGCCAGGAGUGGCCUCUUCUGCCUCCAACCUGCCGCAGAGACAAGAGUCCCGCGUUUCCAUCCUACUCAACCACCUCCUCCCAUCCUCUUCCUCCAACACGGGGCGCCCCCCAGGUCCUUCUCCCCUCGCCACCCCUCAGAGCACCCCCGCGUCCUUUCGGCGUGGCUCCCCGAGCCCCCCGCGCAACCACGGCGCCGGCUUUGGCCCCUAUAGCAUCCCAGAAGUGGUGGUGUCUCCGCCCAAGGAUGACGAGCCGCUUAAGUCGCCAGAGGACGAGGCGGCCAUGCCCCAGUUCAGCCGGCAAUCUUCCUGUGCAUCCCAGGGAUCCGAGCAGCUGCCCUUAGAAGGACCACUCGUUCAUCUGAACUCCGUCCCGAACUACCUGGACAGUGACAAGGCAGUGGAGAGGCGGCCUUCCAAAGUAGGGGUCAGUAGAGAAAGCAGCAGUGUCGACUUCAGCAAGGUGGAUAUGAAUUUCAUGAAGAAGAUUCCCCCCGGCGCCGAAGCUUCCAAUGUGUUGGUGGGAGAAGUGGAUUUCUUGGAGAAACCCAUCAUCGCUUUUGUUCGACUGUCCCCUGCGGUUCUGAUCACCGGCCUCACUGAGGUUCCCGUUCCCACAAGGUUCCUGUUCCUGCUUUUGGGUCCUCACGGGAAGGGUCCUCAGUACCAUGAGAUUGGCAGAUCGAUGGCCACUCUGAUGACAGACGAGAUUUUCCACGACGUGGCAUACAAGGCCAAAGAUCGAACUGAUCUCCUAUCUGGGAUCGAUGAGUUCCUUGAUCAGGUGACGGUCCUCCCUCCUGGAGAGUGGGACCCCACGAUCCGGAUCGAGCCCCCUAAAAACGUCCCGUCCCAGCUAAAGAGGAAGAGGCCAUCGCAUCCAAAUGGCACGGCAUCCCCAGCGGGAGAAUUGGAAAAGGGAGAUGACCACCACGUGGGACCAGAGCUGCAGAGGACCGGAAGGAUAUGCGGCGGUCUGAUCCUGGACAUCAAGCGGAAGGCCCCCUUUUACUGGAGCGACAUCAGAGACUCCUUUAGCUUGCAGUGUCUCGCCUCCAUUCUCUUCCUUUAUUGUGCCUGUAUGUCUCCCGUCAUUACGUUCGGAGGUCUGCUUGGGGAGGCCACCAAAGGCAACAUCAGUGCCAUAGAGUCUCUUUUUGGGGCGUCAUUGACUGGAGUAGCAUAUUCCCUCUUUGCCGGUCAACCUCUAACUAUCCUUGGCAGCACAGGACCUGUUUUAGUGUUUGAGAAGAUCCUCUUUAAGUUCUGCGCCGACUACGGACUGUCCUACCUGUCGUUGCGAACAAGCAUUGGUCUGUGGACGGCCUUCCUGUGUCUGGUCCUGGUUGCUACGGACGCGAGCUCCCUGGUCUGCUAUAUCACCCGCUUCACCGAGGAAGCUUUUGCCGCACUCAUCUGCAUCAUCUUUAUCUACGAGGCGCUUGAGAAGCUCUUCCACCUCGGAGAGCAUUACCCUGUCAACAGCCACAACGUCCUGGAUAACCUCACAUCAUAUUCGUGUCAGUGCUCUGAGCCAGCGAAUGCCUCCGCUCAGCUCCUGCUGAAAUGGAACCAGACGGGAUACAGUGCAGACUCCAUACCCUGGAGUAGCCUCAAUGUUUCGAUGUGUAAAAUGCUCAACGGGGAGUUUGUUGGCACAGCCUGCGGUAACCAUGGACCCUACAUCCCAGAUGUUCUCUUCUGGUCCAUCAUUCUCUUCUUCACCACCUUUUUCUUGUCCUCUUUCCUCAAGCAGUUCAAAACAGAGCGGUACUUCCCCACCAAGGUGCGAUCCACAAUCAGUGACUUUGCUGUGUUCAUAACUAUCAUGAUUAUGGUCUUGGUGGACUACUUAAUGGGGAUCCCUUCCCCGAAACUAAACGUCCCUGAUCGGUUUGAGCCUACUUCAAAGAACAGAGGCUGGCUGAUGGACCCAUUAGGCGAAAACCCCUGGUGGACGCUGUUGGUGGCAGCGCUUCCUGCCCUGUUGUGCACAAUUCUCAUCUUUAUGGAUCAACAGAUCACAGCUGUCAUCAUCAACCGCAAGGAGCACAAGCUCAAGAAAGGCUGUGGCUAUCACCUGGACUUGCUGGUGGUAUCAUUCAUGCUUGGCGUGUGCUCCGUAAUGGGCCUGCCCUGGUUCGUGGCGGCCACCGUCCUCUCCAUUUCGCAUGUGAACAGCCUCAAGGUGGAAUCUGGCUGCUCCGCUCCCGGAGAGCAGCCCAAGUUUCUCGGGAUCCGGGAGCAGCGCGUCACCGGGUUCAUGAUCUUUGUCCUCAUGGGCUGUUCGGUUUUCAUGACAUCUGCACUCAAGUUCAUUCCGAUGCCAGUGCUGUACGGAGUCUUCCUCUACAUGGGGGUCUCCUCUCUGAAAGGCAUCCAAUUCUUUGACAGAAUCAAGCUGUUUGGCAUGCCUGCCAAACAUCAGCCUGAUCUUAUUUACUUGCGCUACGUGCCGCUGUGGAAAGUCCAUAUCUUCACCCUGGUACAGCUCACCUGUCUGGUACUGCUUUGGGUCAUCAAGGCCUCUGCUGCAGCCGUGGUUUUCCCCAUGAUGGUUCUUGCACUGGUCUUUAUCCGGAAGCUUCUUGACUUCUUCUUUAGUAAGAGAGAGCUGAGCUGGCUUGACGACUUGAUGCCAGAGAGCAAGAAGAAAAAAGAGGAUGACAAAAAAAAGAAAGCACGGGCAAAGCUGGAAGCAGAGUCUCGAUUGCAGGACGAAGAAGAACUGGGACUGCCGGUCAGCUACGAGGGCUCCAACCUGCUCAACAUCCCAGAAAAGACCCUCUCAGGGAGUUCUGAGCUUGAUGCCAUGGUUAUAAAUACCUCUGAUGAAAUGGCCCAAAAUGCGGCGUGGAGAGCAGUGAACUUGAGCGGCGACUCGCAAGGCCAACAUAGUGGAAGCCGGGAGAAAGCGGCCUGCGUUAGAGUGGACGUAAGCCCGGAAGCACCAGGAGAAAGUUCCACCGCAGAGACCUUCUUGUGAUACACAACUCCUCCCACGCGACACAACAGAGCUGAGGGGGCAUCGACAUAACUGUAUGCGCAGCUUAGCCUGCUAAGCUAGCUUCAGCACAGCAGGUGAGCAUCACUUGGGCUGUGCGGGUGACCACUUUGCCAUGUCAAAGUGCUAUGAAUGCGGCGUAGACGACAGUAUUCUGCCCCAAUGUCCUGACUUCAUUUUUUUUUUAACCAUUUGCACCUGAUGCCAAAGGAAUGGGCCUCACUGGUGGGCAUCUUCGACUGAGUGUCGUUUUAAUUUCAGUUGUAUUAUCGUGGCCAUUUUAGUCCGUCGCCGUACUGCGUUUACCGGGGGUGUUCAAACUUUUUCGUUUGAGGGCCGCGUACAUAAAAACGGCCGCUUGAAAAUUGGACAUGUUGAAACUGGUGCUGUCAAGAGAUUCAAAAAAUGAUGAGAUAAAUUAAUUAUGAUCUGUAAUUAAUUGAUCUAAUUAAUCUACAUUUUAAUCUCAUC